AAUGAAUAGAGAAGUCAAAGUUGUGUUAUUAGGAGAUUCAGGUGUAGGCAAAAGUUCUAUUGUACUGAGAUUCUGUUCAGAUAUAUUCAAAGUCACACAUGAAUCAACUUUAGGUGCUGCAUUUAUGGCUAGAACUAUAGAAGUUAAUGGAAUUAAUUUUAAAUUUCAGAUUUGGGAUACUGCUGGAUAAGAAAAAUACAAAUCACUUACUCCAUUAUAUUAUAGAGGUAGUUAUACUCAUCUAAUUAUUAGAGGCCUAGGUAGCUUUGAUUGUUUAUGAUAUUACACAUAAAGAUUCCUUUGAUGUAUUAAAAUCAUGGGUUAAUGAAUUAAAAGCACAUGGUCCUAAAAAAAUAAGUAUCAAUUUUUAUAUCAUUUUUUUAGUCUAAGUUUUAGUUGGUAAUAAGAAUGAUUUGAUUGAAGAUGAGAAAGUUUCCUAUGACGAAGCAAAUAACUAUGCAUAAGUAUAAUAUAUAUUUACUUAUUUUAGUAAAUUGGUGCAUCACUUAAACUUACCAGUUGUAAAGAAAAUAAAGGAAUCUAAGAAUUGUUUGUCUCUAUUGCUGAAUAAAUCUUAUAUGAAGAAUAAAAUAAAUUAGUAGAAGGUAAAAAAAGUGAAAAACCAAUCACUCCUACUGUCAAAGUCACUGUUGAUGAUCAAAAUAAAAAAAAGAAAAAAGAAGGAGGAUGUUGUUGA